CUAUGACGCACAAUGGCACCACGUGAAGUGUGUGUGUGUGAGACUGUGUGUGUGUGUGUGUGUGUGUGUGUGUGCGCGCGCGCGCGCGCGUGUGGCCGUGUUUUAUAUCUUGGUGGGGACCAAGUGUCCCCACAAGGAUAGGAAUAUCAGACGUAUGGCUGGCAAAGCAUAAACAUAGCAUUAAUGAACUGCACUAAUAUUUAUGUCAAUGGAUGGUCAUGACAAGAAAGACAAAAGUGUGUGUGUGUGUGUGUGUGUGUGUGUGUGUGCACGCUCAAUCUUUGCCAUUGUAAAGACUAUACCUGUUCUGACCCUGACCACAUUGUGGUCAUGUGGACAUCUGUUGGUGCUUAGAUUUUAGAUAUAUAGAUAGAGAUGAAUUUAUCAUGUUAACCUCCUGCUAACACCAUGAGAAGAAUAUUAAGCCUAAUUCAGUACUAAUGUAAAAAGUCUACUCCACUAAACCUUGCUUUUUGUGUUUGGCUAGAAUGUGACAGGAAAGUGGCUCAUGUAUGUCAGUAAAGCACGCUGAGAUAACGAUAAGAAUCCUGAUUCAGUAAGAAGCUAUGAGCUUGAGGAAGCCCCUGAGGUCAAUAGGACAGCGCUGGGCUUUUGUUCUCUGUCCCCAUGCCUUCCUCAUUACUUUCGCCGUUUGACACCCAUUAAAGCUGUUAAAUCAAUUAAACAUUUCUGCCUGUUGAAGGACUUUACACGUCAUGUUCCCCUGAGAUUGUUAAUCCUGUGUAAUUCUCAGCAGUUCAUAAAGUGACAAGCUCAAGAGGUUACAAAUCAGUGGACACAAACUCUGUGGCCUUGGGAUUUGUGUCCAUGCCAUCCAUUGUCAUUUCCUACUAUCAUGAGUUUUAACAUAUUGCUCUCAAAGCACCUUCUUGAAUGAAGCUUUUCCUGUAAAACCGUUUGAAGCACGCCUCCCGUGCAUAAAUGUUUAGUGCCAGUGAAUAUAUUUCCUGGUUGUGUUUACUCAAAGUCAAACAAGCCUUGGAAACUCGGCUGUUGGGAGGCCGCCCAGUGAUUAAGUGCCCUGGGCAUCGGGACGCUUUUUGUUAUUUCCUAAUUUCAAGGUAGUGACAGAUCUGGGAACAGUGGGAGGGCAAUGUGGAGCACACUCUCACGGAAGGAGAGACCAGUUGCAACUAGUUGUGUUUGCUCAUCUGAAGCCAGAUUGUACAGAGAUCAGGAGACUGUGUUCAGUGACCCCUUUGAUUAACCACAUGUUCAACAUUUCCCACACAUCUGUGUUACAGUGUAGAACUUUCAGUUGAGCAUAUUGAUCCUUAGUGGACUAGUAAUGCUCCUGUAAAAUAAGAUAUCGUACUAUAUGAUGUUUAGUGGGUUAAUAUGAUUGGCUAUGAUUAAGGCUGACAUGGCAGGCAUGAAAAUAAUAUGAGGAAGGAGGAAAUGCCUAAGUAUUUGGUGGCGUUCUUGGCUUGAGAGCUGUAGGAGAAAAAGCUGGAGCUGUGCCUGAACCUGGAUACACUCUUCUGUUACAUGAAUCCUCAGAGACCACUCUAAAUCCAGAAUCAAGCUCCAGGGGUCACUUAGAAGAAAGAUUGAGGGGCAGCCUUCUGGAUACAUUGCUAAGCAGAAUGGCCACUUCUGUGUGGGCCAAGUGCCAGACUUCAAGCGUCUUCGUAUGGAGACAGGCUCUCUUAAUGCUGGUGCUUGCUCAGUGGAUGCAGGGCAGCCUCAAAGUUUAGCUGGAUCUAUAGCUCUGGGCCACGUUCCCCGGCGGAAAGAUCCCUUCAUGAUGGGCCAAGGUGUAGGCAACAAUAUUUUCAACAUGACUCUCAGAGAUGUGAAAAAAGAACCGACCGAUGUUCAGACCUGCAGCCAGUCAUCAACAGAUCCUGCAAUGAUGGUGUUUGACUUUAAAGAUGAGGGUGGAGGACAGAUUGACCCUGAACUCCAGGAUCUGUUUGAUGAGCUCACCAAGUCAGUACCACCUCUCAAUGACCUGGAGCUGGAGAAAAUGCUGAAACAAGAUGAUGACUUUGGUUUGGAUCUCGGUCGACCCAGCUCGGCUGGUGCAGCCAAUCCCUGCCCUCAUUUAGAUAAACCAAUCAAGACAGAGUACUCACCUGAUUUUGGCCAAGCUCCAGGAAGCUCUCCACAGCUCAGGCCAGCAUCUGCUGGACCUUCUUUCUCAAUGGCCAACACUACUUUGUCAACGUCCCCCAUUGGGCCUGGGCAAAUGACCAAUAAUCAUGUACCACAGACCACAGGAACAUCUUCAAGAGGACUACCUUCCUGGCCUGAGAUGUCACAUGCUGAGCAGCUAAAGCAAAUGGCGGCAAACCAGCAGCCCAAACAGCAGCCCAACUCUCUCCUCCACCACCAACAACAAAGCCAAGCUGGAGGAGUGAGGAACUGGUCCUCCACCAUGAGUGGCCACCCCAGUUCCUUUUGCCAGGAAACAAUGUCCAGCACUGGUUUGCUAAGCCAACCAAGAAUUAGCUCUCAGGGCACUGGUCAGGCCAAAGGCAUGCCCAACUGCCUCUUUAAGCCCAGUGGUUACAACCCAUCACAUCCCACUGACAUGAAAGCUCUCAGCAAUAAACCGAUGCUGCAUUUCACCCCUAAAGCUUCAACUUCAACCACAGGCCAACAAAUGCCCCAUAUGGCGGGGUCGCAGAGCAAACAGACUACACAGCAGCAGUCUACAGGAGGUCAAAACACGCAGUUCCAGUUGUCUAUGCAAUCAUCAUGUCUACAACCGAAGCCCCUGAGGCCUCCUCUCAACCAGCAUGGUCCUGGAAUCAAUUAUAAAAUGAACCAACAAAGACAGGGAUUGGCACCAGGGCCACGUUUCUCAGCAAACGGCUGUCUGGUGACCCAGCAUCCGUCUGCACCAAGCAGUCAGCAGAUAAACAACGGCAAAGGACAGAGACAGCUAAGCCAACCUCAGCAGCACACCAGCGACACAGAGAAAUUCAACCCACAGGAUCAGUUUAACAGGCAUCUAACAAGACCUCCACCUGACUACAAACAACCACAGCAUCCAAACCUUUACCCAGGUCUGACAUCAUCCCCGAUGACCAGUAACAGCUCUGACCAGAGGGAGAUCCAGUCCAUCUCAUGCCAUAUAUCCAAUGGCCAAGGAGUCAAAAUGACACCCAGCUCAGACAGAAUGUUUCCCAGUAGAUCUGAUCAUUCGGAAGUCCAGAACUGUGCAGGCCAACUGCACCAACAGCCUAACAGCCAGAUGCAAAUUGGGAUGCAUCAAAACAAGCCACAGUUCCAGGGAAUUGCCCCUACCACACAGCAUGUAAGAACCAGCACAAGCCAAGAUCCAAUCCUUGGCCAAGGACUGGGAUGCAUGACUACCACUGGAAGCAGGGAGACAGGCAUGAGCUGGGAAAAUGUUACAAAGCAACUAGAUGUAAAGAGACUUCCAGGCGCAGUACCACCCCAGGGUGCACAAACUGAUGCUCACUUCCCACCAAGACAUAUUGGUCCACCAAAUCAGGUAGUGCCCCAUUCUGGACUGAUCCCUUUAAACCCUGGCAUUAGAGGAUCUGCUCCUAGAGCCAGCCAGCCACGUAUACCCCCACUUCCUGGGAUCAGCAGACUAAACCAAUCCUCUCCCACACAGCAGGGGUGCAUGAGCACAUACGGAGGCACAGCGCAAAGCCCUGGUGCCUAUCAGAACAACCGCGCAGGCCGUCUCACGUUUGAUUUUCUGCAGGAUGGGGAUAAUACAGUACCAGGGAUCAAUGCAGACUCGGACUUCAUCGAUUCUCUGCUUAAGUCAGGUUCAGGCAAUGAUGACUGGAUGAAAGACAUAAACCUAGAAGAGAUUCUGGGUGGUCACUCAUGAACGAGAGACUCAGGAACACAAAUGAGAAUGAUGAUUUUACUAUUUUGGUAUUUUACUAAGUGGUCUAGUGAUUGAAGCUUUUAAAGAGCUUCGAGUUAUAUUUUAAAGCACCUAACAUAAGGGAUUGGCUUGAUUUCUUAAACUUAAGAUUCUGAAGAGAUAUCCAAUUAUCAUGCUGUUUUUUAAUUCAUGUGGACAAAUGAUGUAUUGCAGGUAUCAUUAUACUUAGAUUUAGCUUUUAAUCAUAUUAUCUAAUCUGUUAUAAAGAUCCAUGUUCACAGUAUUUAUGGUUUUCAUAGUAUGUUAUAUAACUAUAUGCAUCCCUUUGUAAACUCAUGCAAUUUGGUGAGUACUGUAAAAGUCAGCUGUAGUAUGCAUUGACAUAUUGCGACACAAUGCAGCAAGCUGGCACACUUGUGUCUGUCACAUCCAGAAGAUUAGUUGUGAGAGAGGUAUUCAUUUAAUCUAGCUUGUCAUGCAACAUGAAAAAGACAAACAACUUUGUAAGUGUUGAUUUAAGGAAGCUGUGGCGGCAAUCAGAGGAUACAAUGGCAAAGAUGUUAUUUAUGAGCAUAUACCCUGCUGUAAGUUCUUUGUGUGAGUCUAAAACAGUACGUCUUAAAGCUCCAUCUCUAAAACUGAAACCCCAGGACUUGGUCUGGGCAAAAAUCUAAAAUUGGAUUCCCCUAUAUUCGGUUACAGAAAUAUUCCAAGCAGACAUUAAGUAUUAAAAAUGUUUCAAUAUGUCAUAUUGCUAAUAUUGUAUUUAUAAAUAUGUUUAUUCUAUCUUGUGUUUUUUGUAAGACUAGUCUUUUCUAUAAUGCUCUAUAAGGCUGUAAUAAAUGUGCAUAUCCUGUGAUGUCAAUUUAGCCUUUGAAUACUGACAAUUACAAUAAACUAUAGUUAUGCAGA